GGGGGUUCAGAGCGCAUUUCUCGGUGUAAUGUAACGGAACAGUUAGCACAUAGAUUGGUUUCAGUUCCUCCGCACAUCCGGACUCUCUGCACCGGUGUGUUGGCCUCUUUGAGCCCCGGGAAUGGAGCAGUUCGCCGGGGAGGAUGAGAGCGACGUGUCCCCGCAGCAGAGCACCGUGUGGCAGCAGAUCACAGCCCGGGCUAAGCCGCUGCUCAGCCCCAAGCUGGGCUCCAGAGAGCCGGAGGAGAAGAAGGAGAAGGGCAUGUGGAUGUUCAAGAAGAUGAAGAGGAAGGAGAACGUCUCCCUGGACCGAAUCAUCUCCUCCUCGCAGCCGGAUCUGCUGUUCGCCUCAGCGCCGGAUCCGGAGGCGAAGGAGGCGCAGCAGCUCUGCGGCAAAGCUGCCGGCAGCAGCGGCAGUGGAGGCUCCGGGCUCCGGGAGAGGCUGCCCUCCAAGCCCACGGUGGCUCACCUGGUUCAGUCCCACCACAAGAGCUCCUCUCUGGGGUCUGCGUGUCUGGAGAGGCUGGCCGGACCUCCAGGCGGUAGCAGCGGCAGGAGCGGCAGCAGCGGUGGAGCAGGCGAAGCGGCAACAGCUGCAGCAGCGGUGGAGACACAGCCGGAGGAGAACCAGGAGGAUCAGCAGGGUUUCGGUGCUCCGUCCUCGGGGGUCUCGUCUGAGCGGUCCCUCCCCAGCUCCGGCAUGUACAAGAUGGAGAUCGAGCUGAAGAGAGGGAACAAUCUGGCCGUCAGAGACCGAGGAGGCAGCAGCGACCCAUAUGUGAAGUUCAAGCUCGCUGGGAAAGAGGUGUUUCGAAGCAAAACCAUCCACAAAAACCUGAACCCGGUGUGGGACGAGAAGACCACGCUAAUACUGGACUGUCUGAGUGACCCUCUGUAUGUCAAGGUGUUCGACUACGACUUCGGCCUCCAGGACGACUUUAUGGGUUCUGCUUACCUUUACCUGGAGUCUCUGGAGCAGCAGAGGUCCAUUCCUGUGACUCUGGUUCUGAAGGACCCUCAGCACCUGGACCAGGAUCUGGGUUCUCUGGAGCUGUCGGUCACCCUGACCCCCAAAGACAGUCCUCUGGAGGAGAGGAGGGACUCCACCCUGAGAAAGGUUCAGACGUACCGCUGGAAGCCGUACGUGAACAAAACCAUGCUGCUCAGGAGGUCCUGGAAAAGAUCUACUAAGCAGCAGUCCCUGCGUCUCUCGGAGCUGCACAGGAAGUCUCAGCUGUGGCGGGGGAUCGUCAGCAUCGCUCUGAUUGAGGGCCGCAGUCUGACCCCCAUGGACCCCAACGGCCUGUCAGACCCCUACGUCAAGUUCAGACUCGGACACCAGAAGUACCGGAGCAAGACGGUGCCUAAGACUCUGAGUCCUCAGUGGAGGGAGCAGUUUGACCUCCACCUGUUCGAGGAGACUGGAGGAGUUUUAGAGAUCACGGUGUGGGACCGAGACACCGGGAGGAGGGACGACUUCAUCGGACGCUGUCAGCUAGACCUCUCCACUCUGUCUAAGGAGCAGACCCACCACCUGGACCUCCCUCUGGAGGAGUCCCGGGGCUUCGUGGUGCUCCUGGUCACGCUGACGGCCUCGGCUCACGUCUCCAUCGCCGACCUCUCAGUGACGCCGCUGGACGACCCGCAGGAGAGGAGGGAGAUCCUCAAACGCUACGGGGCGCUGAAGUCCUUCUCCAACUUCAGAGACGUCGGCAUCGUCCAGGUGAAGGUGAUGAGAGCCGAAGGACUCAUGGCUGCAGACGUCACAGGUAAGAGCGACCCGUUCUGUGUGCUGGAGCUGACCAACGACCGGCUGCAGACUCACACCGUCUACAAGAACCUGAACCCGGAGUGGAACAAAGCCUUCACCUUUAACAUUAAAGACAUCCACUCGGUGUUGGAGGUGACGGUGUUUGAUGAAGACCGAGACCGGAGCGCUGACUUCCUGGGAAAAGUCUCCAUCCCUUUAUUACAUAUCCGUAACGGUGAGCAGAAGAGCUACGUGUUAAAAAAUAAAGAGUUAACGGGUCCGACUAAAGGAGUCAUUUUCCUGGAGAUAGACGUCAUCUACAACAUCGUGAAAGCAGCGAUGAAGUCUAUCGUCCCCGCAGAGCAGAAAUACAUCGAGGAGGAGCCCAAAGUCUCCAAACAGCUGCUGCAGCAGAACUUCAACCGGGUGAAGAGGUGCAUCAUGGUCCUCAUCAGCUACGGGACAUACAUCAACAGCUGCUUCGAGUGGGAGUCUGCACAGAGGAGCAUCAUCUCCUUUGUGAUGUUCGUGCUGGUGGUCUGGAACUUCGAGCUCUGGAUGCUGCCGCUCGCUCUGCUGCUGCUGCUCAUCUGGAACUGCUUCUUCUGCUGCAGCAGGGACUCGGCCGACACGUCGAUGGAGGCCAUGUUUGAUUGGGAGGAUGAAGAAGAGGACAAAGAGGAUAAGGAGUCGGAGCACAAAGGCUUCAUGAACAAACUGUACGCCAUCCAGGACGUCUUCAUCAGCGUUCAGAACGCUCUGGACGAGGUGGCGUCGUACGGAGAGAGGAUCAAGAACACGGUGAACUGGACAGUGCCUUUCCUCAGCUGGUUGGCAAUCGCAGCCUUGUGUUCGGCCACCGUCCUCCUCUACCUCAUCCCUCUGCGCUACCUGGUGCUGGCCUGGGGGGUGAACAAGUUCACGAAGAAGCUGCGCGACCCGUACAUGAUCGACAACAACGAGCUGCUCGACUUCCUGUCCAGAGUUCCCUCCGACGUGCAAGUGAUGCAUUACCGGGAGCUGAAGGUGGAUCCGGGUCAGAGUCCCAGCAAACGCAGAAGAACGAUCCAAAGUUAGCGUCUCUCUUCCUGUAAACGCUCUAAAUUACUUUUAUUUGGAUUCUUCUUCUCGUGCUUUCCUUUAUAUACAGACGAUGUAAACGUUUUUUUAUUAUUACUGUGGAAACACUUAUUUUGUAUUUCUUGUAAAGAGUGUUUAUCUCCUGUGAAACACAGUGUGUGAUACUGUGUGUUAUGAGUGUGUAUGUUACACAGAGUAUGCAUGUUCUGUAUGAAGGCGUGACGCUGCUGCUGCAUGAAGGUUUCAUUCAUAUGUUUUAUUAUUUCUAACUCGAUGUGUGUGUCGGUAGAGAUGCAUGUACUGCAGUAUUUAUACACACAGUCAAAUAGUAUGUCAGAUCCACGGAAUAUUGAACAUGCAAAGCUUUUUUUUAACAGUAUGAGCUCUGUCAAAUACCUACGGGACUAGUGGCAACUUAAAAUAUGUAUUUUGUAAUAUUGGUUUGCAGGUUAAAGGGGCAUUCCAACAUUUUUGCACACGUAGAGUUUAGACAAUUAAUGCAAUAAAUAAUAUUACCUUCAUUUCCUCCCGUCAGAGAACAGCGCUAUAACUAUCAUUUAUUAUUAUUAACCAAUCAAAUAUUUGAGGUCAAUGCACGAGCGAUGGAAUUAAUUGUAUUAUUAUAGCAGUAACAAAGAGACACAUAUACAUUCAGUUUGUAUAGCAGCGCUUUACUUUCAACCCUUUAACUACAUUUAUUUUAUAAUAAAUUCUUAUCUUUUGCAGGUGAAAGAGGCACUUCACCAUGUAGAAAUGUAAUUGAUUAAUUUAGAGAGUAAUCGGCUGCUGAAACCUUAAUAAAAAUAACUACAUUUUAAUAAUAUUGAGUUUAACUUCACGCUGGACUUUUUGCUUUUUAAUUAAAAUAAAUCUGAAGUCUUCCUCCAUCAUCGUCCUGUAAUGGUACUAAUGAAAGUAUUGAGUAUGCACUUAAUUACAUGUAUAUGAAGCCAUAUCUGUGUUUAAAAGAAGAGCAAACAUGAAGCAAAAACAACAUAAAACAUGUAUUUUAUUUAGCUAUUUUUAAUCCUGAUAUCAUUCGUUUAUAACUCAGUUUAUUUGUAUUUAUUUUAAGUUAAAAUGAUUGCAUUUUGACUAACUCUCCCUGUCCAAUUUAUUUUAAUUUCCUUUAGUUUGCUGCUAGUUUUCUGAGUGUACAGCCACCGUCCUGCAGGUCCUCCUCUCUGCAGGGCUUCAGGUGUUCUGGGAUUUCUUGCAUGUGUGUGUGUGUGUGUAUAAAUGUGUCAUUUUGUACGUGUCAAAGUGCUUCUGCAUGAAUGAAAUAUAUGCAAAGUGCAUUUAUGGAUACUGAAUGUAUUUAAGAUGUGACGUCAGAUCCACCUGAGCUGCAGGUAAAGGAGGUUUGUGGGGGUUAUAUCUGACAUAAACCCUCCCCAUGUCUUCUGCCAUUGGGUAUUUGCUGCUGAUUACAGGCUGUAAUUACUGUGUAGUUUGUCUGAGGAAAUAUAUUUCUACGCAGAUCCA